AUGAUUUGGCUUAUGGUCGGGAGUGUGUGGUGCUGGGAAUCGGAGGACUGCAUGGAUGAAGCUCCACUGCUGUUCUGGCCAAUCUUCGUGUCGAGCAUUUUCGCAGGGCUCCGAGUUCUAUCAAACACCACACGUGCAUUUCUGUUUGCAUUACUGGCUCAAAGAGGAUUGCUAAAGGUAAAGCUGAUGGUUGAAGCUGCUUUUGGAGCAUCAUUUAGUUGA